CGCGCAUUUUUGUUGUUAUCAAAUACAUACUGACUGGCCCUGCCUUAUGUCUCGGACAGUAAUUUACUGUAGUGAAGAUGUCCUUGUAAAUACUACCUUUACGAACUUUUAUACUGUUAGGCCACCUGUAGUACGUUGUAGCGGACUGUUUUCUUCGGCAGAAGCUUACGGGAUACAGGUCUCGUCUUAGCUCGGUUUCUCUGCAGACACGCAGCCCUUCCCAGAGGGGGAGAACUGCUCCGCAGCCCAGACGGAAUCGAGUGCUGCUCAAAGAUUUAUCCUCAUCUUUUGAAUCAACGCUCUCUUUUCCCCUUCGCUCCCUACCUUGACAUCUCCGUCCUCUCUGUGGCAAUGACAAGAGAUUGAGACCUCUUCAUUGACCAGUAACUGGGAGAGGAGCUUAACAUGAACAGCUGGAGUGUGUAUCACCUGGUAGCCCUUUCCUUGCUCUUUGUUCCUGAGUCUAGUGCUGAGUAUAAUAAAAAUGAGUCACCGGAAAGGCGUCAAUCCAGGGCCAGCAAGAAUGCUGUGAAGAGAGGAGGCAUGGAGAACCACGGAGAACAAUAUAACAGUGCAAUAUUAGAUGUUGACCCGGACCAGAUUGUUUUUAAUAUUAGUAAUUCACCACAUGGUAUUAUUGUAAGAUGGAGGACCCCUGAUAAUAUAAUAUCACCAUAUUGUUAUGACGCUGAAGUGCAGUACAAGAGCCAGUGUGUCAAAGACUGGAAGGGAGGUCAGAGUAUUCAAGUGAGACAUCAACACAAGGUGUACAAUUUGGACCUGUCCAGUCUCAGCAUGAAAACAAAUUACGAUUUCAGAAUAAGAAUGAAGAUCUGGUGUAUAAACAGCAACUGGAGCAAGUGGACCAAAGUGGAAAGUUGGGAAAACAAUGAAGGUGUUUGUAUGGUAGAAGCAUCCACCUACAUUUGGGUUUACAUUUUGAUAAUUGUGCUGCCACUAACCACAUUUCUUCUAGUCUGUCUCGUGACUCAACAGGGAGUUAGAAGACUGAUCUUUCCUGAAGUACCAGAUCCCAAACACUUCAAAAAUAAAAUCAUGGACACUGAACAGUUUCAGUGGUAUGGAAACCUUACACAUUGGAAUGAGGAGUGCUCAACAACAGAUAUUGAGAUCAUUUACAAGGGUGAAAUUGAAGAGCAACAUCAAACUUUGGUAACUGAGCCCAUGCACACCCUCCCAGAGCAACAUGACAGCACAUACCCCAUCUACUCCUCUGAAACACCUUGUGAAAUCACAGAACUACCGUACUCUCAAAGUGUGAUGGGAUAUAUUGCCCUUUAAGACCACAGAGAGGGGCUGAUAUCAUACCCAUGAGCCAAUUUAAGUCUUUUAUAACACAUGGGCUAAAACCUUCUCUGCUCGCUAGUGUCUCAGGUUUGUGAUCAUCAUUGUGUGGAUGCUUAGCAUGGCUCUGUUAGCCCCUGCUGGUAGAAUCUGUAACUACACCAUCUGGAUACAAAAAGCAUCUUUCUCCAUUAAUGGGCAUUCAAAAUUAGCCACCUAUUCUGAUGCAACUUAAGUCUUUUACGCAACGUAUUUCCAGUGCUCCGGAGUAAGCCAAACAAGUGCCUUUGAGAUGAAUAGAAAAGAUACCUGAUAUAUUUCUCUAGGUAUUAUCGUUCUCAUUGGUUGAUCCUAAGGUCUGUGAUCAGGAUUGUGGUUAAAGCAGGCUAGUGCACAACAAAAAUCAUUUGAGCACAUCAGCUUGUAACAAACAAUGUGAGUGCAGUACAAUAAUUGGACAAUGGAGGGCACUCUGACUAUCCUAAAGUGUUAAAGAAGAGUUGAGCCAUAUCAAAGCCAACAAGGAACACACUCUUCACAGCAUCACAUCCCUCUCUUAAGGGAGGAUGUACGUUAAUUUGAAGACUGAUUUAAAAGAUUAAUGUGAAACUGCAUAAUAGAUGUGGAGUUUCAGUGUGACGGCGUAACAAAGCCAGGGCAGCAGCCACACACUCAGAUCUGUUGUGAUUGAUGAACUGGAAUGGGGGUAAAGAAGAAUAUAAGCAAACAAUCAUUAAGAGAUAGAAGCAAAAAUGAACACCACACAGGUGGAUUCACAAAGGUAAAAAUGUACAGUUUCAGUCAUACCUGUUGCAGUUUAGGAACACUGACCAGGCAGUUUUUUUUUUUUUUUGUAUGGUAAUAGGAUUGGCUUCAGAAGUGCGGUCCAAAACAGUGAGACCACACUGAAUAUUUUCCUACAUUUAAACCUGAAAAUGUACAGGGGAAAAACAAAAAAGAUUGUAAGAAAUAAAAUGCAACAUGUACUAAAAUUUUAAUAUGUAAUAUAGUUAUAUAUUCCAGUGUACUUUUUGUCAUGCAUUUUUUUUUCAUUUAAAUAGUUUUAUUAAUCAUAUAUUUGGUAAAUAUGCAAUUAGAAAAAGGUAAAGGCAUUUUUACACAAAGUUUCAGGACCCGUUCUGUGAAUUCUGAAAAUGAAAUGCAUUCUGUCUUUUUAUUUUGCAAAUCAAUUUCCCACCUAUUACAUUUAAAUUAUUUUUAUGUUUUGUCGAUUUCUUUGCUUAAAAAUUAAUGUAUUUUUUUUACUUUACUGGAUUGAAUAAGAGCUUCAUCUUUAUGUCCACCAGUGGUGUAUUGCUAACUGUCUUUGAUACUCAAAACCAUUUCUAUGGGGAGGAUGUGAUUAAA